GCAAAUUUUGUUUUAUUUAUCCUAAUUUAAAUGCUUACUAAAUUAUUGCAUCGCCGGUACUACAUUGUUGCGAAUCUGUGACAGCGGGUGGCUUAAAAUUUCGUUCCCGUGUCACCAUCGUUCACGGCGGUGACGGUCGAAAGCCAGUGGUUGAAAUUAAGUGAAUUUUAAUGAUGCGACGGGUGUGAAAGUGCCAAAACGUAAAAGGAGAAAACAUCGAAAAUUAUGUUCAUUGCGUUGCCGAAAGCUAGUCAACAACAUUAUUGAAACGGUAGUGAAAUGGCAAUGGCUCUUCAAAAAUAAUAGCUGAAAUGAAAAUAAACUCACUGAACUUAACCUCAAACUUCCCCGUUUGCAGUGACCACAACAAAACAACACACAUAACUCAGACUGGGAAUCCAAAGUAGUGUGCAGUUAGAGCAUUUUUUUAUGUUUUGUUCAGUGUGUUUAUCUUGCGGUUUAUUGGUGCCUGUAGGUUUUCGGCAGUCUGCCAAUCGUCAUUAGCGGUAAUUGGUGGCGUUCGAAAUUUCGUCACUGGUACCCCAGUACCCAUCAGCCAGGGAAUAGGGGUCAAAGUCAAAUUUCAAACUACACACUACUACAUUGGAAAAAGGGAACACUGCUGUUGCCCUGCCAUCCCUUCGUUACAUAAUUUGUAAUUGAUUCAAUUGGAUACUACUAUUACGUGGUCAGCCGUACCAUUUUGGCAACAUGUCUUCGUUCGGCGUCUGGGACUACGUGGUGUUCAUCGCCAUGCUGCUCAUAUCAGCCGGCAUCGGAGUCUAUUACAGGUUCUCGGGUGGCAAGCAGAAAACCACAACGGAAUAUCUGCUAGCAGACCGAAACAUGUCCAUUUGGCCAGUUUCGUUCAGUCUCAUGGCCAGCUUCAUGUCGGCCAUCACACUGCUGGGUGUGUCCAACGAGAACUACCAAUUCGGGACGCAAUUUGUGGUGAUCAACUUUUCCUACGGGCUAGCCACUCCGAUUGCGGCGUACCUUUUCCUGCCAGUAUUUUUCAAACUGCAAGCAUGCAGUGCGUAUGAGUAUUUGGAAAUGCGUUUUGGCAAGAAAACGCGCCUUGCGGCUUCACUAGCGUACACUCUGCAGAUGAUUCUCUACAUGGGCAUUGCGGUGUACGCUCCGGCUCUGGCUCUACAGGCAGUUACUGGACUGGAUCAAACCUAUUCCAUCCUGGCGAUUGGGAUAGUGUGCACCUUCUACUCGACAAUCGGUGGAAUGAAAGCAGUGCUAUUCACUGAUGUAUUCCAGUCGAUCCUAAUGUUUGCCGCCAUCUAUGCGGUCAUCAUUUGCGCUGCAGUCAAAGCAGGAGGACUUGCACCAAUCUGGGAAGCGGCAGAGAAGGGUGGUCGACUGGAACUUUGGAACUUCGAUCCGGAUCCGACAGCAAGGCACACCUGGUGGUCGUUAGUCAUUGGAGGAAUGUUCACCUAUCUAUCGCUGUAUGCGGUCAAUCAGACACAAGUUCAACGGUUACAGACUGUCAAAGAUCUCAAAUCAGCUCAGCGGGCUUUGUGGCUCAACUGGCCUAUUCUUUCGCUGUUGAGUCUGAGCACUUCCUUCAGUGGCCUUUGCCUAUAUUACUUCUACAGUACAUGUGAUCCUCUCGUGCAAGGCCGAAUCAAAGUGCGAGAUCAAACUAUGCCACUGUUCGUGGUAGACGCCAUGGGCAAUCUACCCGGUCUUCCGGGUCUUUUUGUGUCCGGAAUUUUCUCCGCCAGUUUAUCAUCGGUCUCAGCUGCGCUAAACUCACUAGCUGCUGUUACACUUGAGGAUUACCUGAAGCCUUUGUAUGCGAAAAUUAAAAAGAGACCUCUGCCCGAUAUGCAAUCAAGCUAUCCCACAAAGAUUAUGGCCUUCCUCUAUGGGAUGGUAUGCCUCGGAGUCGCUUUUCUCGCUCAGUUUAUGGGUGGCGUACUGCAAGCGUCUCUGACCAUAUUUGGAGUUGUUGGAGGUCCACUGUUUGCUCUAUUCUCGAUGGGAAUGUUCACCAAACGAGCGAAUCAACGGGGCGUAAUUACUGGUCUCGCUAUUGGUUUGGCCUUCUCUCUGUGGAUUGGGUUCGGGCAGCCAAGACCAGCACCGCGGAUGUUGGACUUUUCGGUCGAAGACUGUGAUCGCUUUGGUGGAUACAACAAUACCAGCCCUAUGGUGAUGGCUCUGAAACUAGAUCGACCGGACUCAGAUUAUUUCUACCUGUACCGGUUGUCGUAUUUGUGGUCGGUUGUGCUAGGAUAUAUAGUAACUUUUGUGAUAGGCUAUGGAACGAGCCUUAUCCUCCUCUGGUUGGGAUAUGGAGGAACGGAAAGAAUUUACCUCGACAGUGGUAAAACCUGCAUCAACACGGAUUUGUUUUCACCACCUGUGGCGAAACGUAUGAGGCGAGCUCUUGCCAAACAUAUUGAAAACGGAGGCGAUAUUGAAAUCACCAAGAGGAACGGGUUCAUCAAAUCGGAAUUCACCAACAUAUGAUGUCGUUUCAUCCAUUUCCUCUGCCACAUCAGCAAAGGUUAGACUGUCCGAACCUCACUAAUACAGUUGAGGGAAAACUGUAGAAAGCUCAAGUUUGCAUGAGACUGGUGCGAAAGAGACUUGUGUGUGUGUGGCCCCGUGAAUCGAUUCAAUUCGAAUUGCAGCAUCCUCAUCCAUCUAGUGUCAUUCUUCGUCUGAAAGCUGCUACUUAAAUAGCACAAACUACUUAGGGGUACUAUUUUAGCGACCCAAAACCGCAUUUUACAGAACGAUAAUAGCGAGAACCAAUCCGAAGUCUUCCAGGAAUGAUCGCAGCGAUCAGCAACAAUAAGGGUAGGAAAAAAUGAUUUAUUAGAACUGUGAAAUUUUGAGAGGCGAAACUCGAGACAUUAAUACAGCGGAAUUACUUAACUGGUCUAAGAGCGUACUAUUUUUGUUUAUAGGAUAAUUUAUUUCCAAUUCAACGAAUUUUCUUCUAGAAAGUGCGAGAAUCGCUUCAAGUAAGUGUAGGCAAGCUUUUUUAGUGUUUUUGUUUUAAAAUGUAUGUAAUGCGAUGUUUGACACACCGCCAGGGAGAUUGUUAUGUUGUAAAAACUGUGGUAUAGCUAUGAUGUUGAGAACAAAAUAUAUACAUAUGAACCUGUGGGAACAGGCAACAA